AUGAUGAUAGGGAGGCUGCUGCAUUACUGGCUUGAGAAGGGCAGCCGGAUAAUGACCCUGUGCCCCGGCAACAACCCGCUGUCGUUCCCACUGCUCACACACCUUACGUCCAACCCGUCGCUUCUGCUUAACGUGCAGCGCCUGAGUGCGGGACAGGAGCACUUCUUUCAGGCGUCCAGCUUGACAACAUGUCUCCAAGAAGGAGGUCUCACCAUACAGGCAUUGCGACACGAGAUCACAGACCCUGGCCCAGUCAAACCUCCGUCCGUUCUCGCUAUUUUCCCUCAGAGCGUCUCGUGGACGUGGACGGAAGAUCAUCCAGACAAUUACAGCAAGGAGCACCUCCUAGCCGGCCGUACCUUACUAGAAAGGAUGCUCGAUGACCCGGAGAAAAGACACGACCGUUGGUACAAUUUAUGCUCGGCUGGUACCUAUUUUGACACCAUCCAAACCAGUCGCGGCUCUUCCCAUCCAACCGUUGGCUUCUCUGCAGGACUGUUCUAUUUGAUCGCUUGCCUUGGUCGGCGCUGUUGGCUGGUCAUGGAAACCGGAGUCAAGGACCCUAUUCUUGAUGCUACUUUUGAGGGGCAGCUGUUGACCUGGGAGCCCGAACACGACGACCAGAACCUCGUCCAUAUGAGCAUCGGGUACCGCAAGCACGGACUUAUCAUGUUGUACACCAUCUGCGGAAUCCCAAUUCCGGUCAGUGACCCCAGCUCCCCAGCGAAGGACAGUGUGACAGGUGCCGAAGGCUCUGGGCCUCGAAUACGUGGUUUGACCAUGGGCUCUCUGGGGCGUCUGUUCAGGACUUCUGUGGAUGCGCCGUACCUCAGUUUCCACUCGACCCCCUUGCUAACUGCUGCCGUUGAGCCGACAGCAGAGGAUGCCCAGCUGCGUAUUAACGUGGUCGGCCGAUUCAAAGCAAUCUACUGCACCAACAGAGUAGCCGUCAAUAUGUGGGCGAUCGAGUUACUGCAGAAACUGUGGGAUCUACCUGAUUGCGGAGUCCACGUAACAUGGCUGGAGCUAUUGAUAUCGAAGGAAUGGACCUUCACUUUUGCUUAG